AUAAUUUCAGUUUUAAAAAAUAAAUUAAUUCAACUAGAUGUUCCUAACUUUUUGAUUAAUUUUAUAAUAAAUAUGUUACAUGAAAGGUAUAUAAAGUAUCCAUUAGACCAGUCUGGAAAUGAAGUCAUUAAAAGAACAGUUUGGAAGGGUCUGCCACAAGGAUCUGUCUUGAGUCCUUUACUAUACAACAUUUAUACUUAUGAUUUGGAACUUUCUGUUGAAGGGCAGGUUAAUGUUCUUCAAUACGCCGAUGAUUUGCUCUUAUAUGUUUCUGGGCGAUCUUUAGAAAACAUUAGUAAUAUAUUAUCAUCAUCUUUGAGUGCCUUAAAUAAUUGGUUGAAUAAUAAUGGAUUAGAUCUUUCGCCGUCUAAAAGUUCUGUUGUAGUUUUUUCACGAAUGAAAAAUAUUCCACCUAUUAACGUGCAUUAUAAUGGUAUUCCAUUGGUAAUUAAAGAUAGUGUAAAAUUUUUGGGAGUUAUAUUAGACUGUAAACUUACUGGACUUCCUCAUUUUGAAAAUAUUGUAUUAAGAUGUGAACGGAAUCUGAACAUUUUAAGAUGUCUGACAGGAGUCUGGUGGGGGGCUCAUCCUUUUACUAUGAGAUUGCUGUAUAACGCUUUGAUUAGAAGUGUUUUAGAUUAUGGCACUUUCCUUCUACACCCUGGAAAUGUUAAAGCAAUCAAAAAAAUUGAUUCUAUUCAGUCUAAGGCUUUAAGAUUGGUCACAGGUGCAAUGAAAUCAAGUCCAAUAAGUUGCUUACAAGUAGAAUGUUGUGAUCCACCCCUUGCGUUUAGAAGACAGUUCCUCUGUGAUAAAUUCUUUUUUCGUACUCUGCAAUUAGAUUCUCAUCCACUACUUUCAAAAGUAAAACAAUUAGCAGAACUGGUUGGAACCUGUAAUUAUUGGGCCCAUAAGGAUUCUCCUUGUCUUGUUAAGAGCUAUAAAAAAUAUCAAAGUUUAGAAGCACCCACUUACAGAAGCGCGACACUUCCUUUAUAUCAACACGACUACAACAGUCUCAUUAUAGAUCCAGAUAUUAGAUUUAACAUAGGCUUAUCUAAAAACGAUAUUAAUCCAAAAAUAGAAUUUAUUAACCUUCUUAACAUUGAAUGGGCUAAUUGGCACUGUUUAUACACAGAUGCCUCCAAACAUGGCGAUAGGAGUUGUGUUGGUGUUGGAAUUUUCCAUUCACAAUACAAAGGAUUACAACUUAUCAAACUGCCACCUGAAACUUCCGUCUACACUGGUGAAUGUUAUGGUCUACUUAAAGCUAUAGAAUAUAUACUUAUGCUGAAGAUACCUAAAACCAUAAUUUUUUCAGACUCUCGCAGUGCUUUAGAAGCCAUAACGAGGUUCCCAUUUAAGACUCAUAAACAAUCUCCAGUUGUCUUUAAUAUUAGGAAUCUUUUAUAUAAAUGUUCACAGAAGAGUUGUGCUGUCGUGCUGGCUUGGAUACCAAGCCAUGUGGGCAUUCCUGGGAAUGAAAGAGCGGACCAAUUGGCAAAUGAGGCUAUUCACGUGGGAGACAUUGUGCCAUACCAUAAUUAUUGUCAUGACUUAAUAAAUUUGUCAAAAGUGUAUUUGUAUGUGGAUUGGAAUGAGAUUUGGAAUAAAGAAACCGCAAAAGGUGUACAUUAUAGGCAUAUUCAGCCGUCAAUUCCACGGAAACCAUGGUUUAGCAAAAUAUUUUUUUCGAAAACUGUAACUUCUAUUCUGUGUAGAAUGCGUCUGGGGCAUGUUUGUUCUCCGGCGCAUUUACACAUAAUAAAUAAAAAGCCGGAUCCUCUUUGUUCUUGUGGUGACUAUGGGGACCUGAACCAUAUUUUUUUUGCAUGCUCUCUUCAUGAUCGGUCUGAUUUUCUUUCCAGCCUUGAAUCAUUACGCAUCCCAUUUCCUACAUCCAUAAUUUGCUUGUUAUUUAGUAACUCGUAUGAUAUUUAUAAAAUCUUAUCUGUAUUUUUAGAAAAGAAUGAUAUUAAAAUAUAGUAUAUAAUAAUUAUAAUUAUAUAUAUUACAGUAAAUCCAAUCCUUCCCUUUCCAAAUUUUCGUCAUAUCCGUACUUCCUAAUUCCUAGUUUCCCUAACUUUUAAUCCCACCCAUUACAACUUGACAUUGGCUAAUGUAACAAAAGCCAGAACAAAAAAAAAAAAAAA